AUACUUCCGAGCCCGCUAUAAAGAAGUGCAAGGGCGACCGGAGCGACUGUUAUUUAGUUGGGGGAACACGGAUGAUGACAUAGCGCUGCUGAAAAGCAACCUGUUUCUAAAGUUUACUCACAGUUUUGUCGCCAUGACCUGCAUACACGCCCAGCAUGGAUCUCAGGCGUAUGAUAAUAACCUGGUCAGCUUGGAGCCUCAAAGUCCAGACUUGAUCUCCAGGCUGGACCACCUUGCCGGUCCGCCCCUGCCAAGCAUCAGCUCCAUGGCUGGCACUCAAGCAUGCGACUUUGAUGCCUACUCGUGCCAGUUCACAGCCACGCCGGCCCACCUCCAUCUAGGCCAAGAGGGCCCAUUCAAGCUGGAUGACUUCCAGGUGUAUGGCUGCUAUCCUGGUGCGUUUAUGUUCCCUUACCCUGAGGAGGUCCCCUCCCCCUGUGGGUCUGAUUAUUUCGGCAGCUCAGCAUCAGUUUCGACUCCUUCAACCCCCGGUUUCCAAAGCCAGCAUGCGCCCACUUGGAACUCGUCAUGUGGGGCGUAUUCACCCAGUUCAGGAUACUGGACAGCUGAGGACAUCUCAGUACCAUCUAUGCAGUCUUUCCUUACAUUUGGUUCAGGGACAGUGGCGGACAUGCCACAACCCCACCUGCGAGAGCGCGAUGCUUUUAUUGACACGUCCUCACUCACCUUCCCAAACCUGACCAUAGAGCAAACAUGUGGCCAGGAUGCCGCCGACCACCUAGACGAGCGUUUGUCACUCAAAUUAAAAAGCCCACGAGUGAACGAUGGCUGCUGCGCCGUCUGCGGGGACAAUGCCUCUUGCCAGCACUAUGGGGUGCGCACCUGUGAAGGAUGCAAAGGCUUCUUCAAGCGGACAGUACAGAAGAAUUCAAAGUAUGUUUGCCUGGCCAACAAGGAUUGUCCUGUGGACAAGAGGAGAAGGAAUCGCUGUCAAUUCUGUCGCUUCCAGAAGUGUCUUGCUGUAGGAAUGGUGAAGGAAGUUGUGAGGACGGACAGCCUGAAAGGAAGAAGAGGUCGCCUGCCCUCCAAGCCUAAAAUAGUCCAAGAUGUGGUAGUCCCAGUAUCUCCUGUGAGCAUGAUCGCGUCUCUAGUGAGAGCCCACAUCGACUCAAACCCCAACGAUGGACAAAUGGAUUACUCCAAAUAUGAUGAAAUAGACGUCUAUGCAAACCAGAAAGAGGACGCUAAUGACGUCAAACAGGUCUACGAGUUGCUCAUGGCCUCUAUGGAUGUCAUUAGAAAAUGGGCCAAGUGUAUCCCAGGUUUCUCCGAGUUCUGCUCAGAAGAUCAAGAACUACUUUUGGAGACUGCCUUUGUUGAACUCUUCAUCUUGCGUCUUGCAUAUCGGUCAAACCCUGAUACGAACAAACUAGUCUUCUGCAAUGGGACAGUGCUUCACAAGGCCCAGUGCGUCAAAGGUUUUGGGGACUGGAUCGACUCCAUCAUGGAGUUUUCACAAAAUCUUCAUCGUAUGAAGCUUGAUGUCUCGUCCUUCUCCUGUCUCACGGCGCUGGUCAUUAUCACGGAUCGACAUGGUCUCCGAAAUGCAAAGCGGGUGGAAGACUUGCAGAAUCAGCUUAUCACUAGCCUGAAAGACCAUGUGUCUGGCUGCCCCUCUUCACGUCCCAACUAUUUGUCCAGACUGCUUGGAAAACUGCCCGAGCUAAGAACACUGUGCACUCAAGGCCUCCAGCGCAUCUUCUAUCUUAAAUUAGAAGACAUGGUCCCCCCACCUCCAAUUGUGGACAAAAUAUUCAUGGACUCACUACCGUUUUAAGCGCCGUGGUGUGAGACAGCACAUACAUCUGGAGUCAAGGACAAGGUAUGCCACAACAAAAAGGGCUAUUUCUCAAUCCAUUAAUGUGUAUGUUGGAGAAUGAACCAGCUCACGGACCAAAGUAGGGAUUGUUUACAUACAAUGUGCCAUAACUGGGAACAGCUGUGACGGAGGGAAUAUGGAAGUAUUGUUCAAACCCUCACAAACCAACACCACUGUUUUAUUUUUUGGACAAUCAUACAUAAACAUGUCCAUGCAUUAUUGUACUUUUACUUACACAAUGAUGUCAUAAAGCCACUGGCUGAUAUUUUAAUGUUUUUUUACAUCCUGAAUCAUCAGUAUUGGUGAUGGCCAAGUAGUCACCACCCCAAUGAUAUCAGUACCAUUCAUGUAUCAUGAAUAAACUUGGAGCAGCUAA